AAAAUCCGUUUGUAUGGCGUCUUUUAAUCAACUGCUUUUUUAUUUUGUUGCUUUUUUAUUGCUUAAUACUGUCGAUCGGUUCAUAAAUUUUCCCGAUUAAAAUGGGCUCACUCGAAAAACCCUGCUUCAGUGCUUCGAUUGAUCCAGAUAAAGAUUUCGCCUACAUAGGAAAAGAUCACUUCAAUUUCCCGUGUUGUUUUAUGUGCUUUGGUUAUUCACCUUUCCUGAUGUACGCCGGAGACAACCCGCAGGUUGUUAAGUAUCGGCCACUUAAACAAGGAGACCAAAUCUACUGUCCGCGGUGUAUGGUAGAACAGCAGCAUUUUCAGACCCGCUUUCCCGGAGAAAGAGCGUUCAAAGAAAGCAGCAUUCUCAACGAUGGGGAAUUUAUGGCACUACUUGAAGACUUCGUCUAUUAUAAUCCGUAUUAUAAACACCUGGCUGAAGUCGAUAGAAUCAUAAUGACGGAAGACGUCGGAUUGCUAUCAUCUUACAAAAAGAUUGCCAAAAAAGUCAUGCCAAAAAUGAAAAAACUGAAACGACUAAUGGACAUAUUCCCGGAAUCAUCCCGAAUGAAAAAUCAAAAAUUUCCUACCAUGAACGAUAUGUGCUUAGCGGUCAAGCAAAAAGCUGCGAGCUGCUGCCCGACACCCGAAUCGUGUCAAUUGUACGAUUUGUUUGAUAUGAUGGCAGAGGAGCAGACGCCAAGAGUUGUACGGGAAGAGAAUCGCAAACGGCAGACACAUUUUGCGCAACCGGUUCCACCGGUGCAGAGAACCAUCCCAUCACCAUCAGUGGAUGAUCACUCGGAAAUCAGCAUUUCCUCUACCGAACCAGGAAGCGAGGUUGUUCUACCGGGAAUGGUGCCGGAUAGUUUGCGAAUGAUCGACAGUUCAUCAUCGUCGUCACUUGUAAACUUUUCCUCUCAGGAGGUCGCUAAUAAUGUUGAAAUCAGCACCACAACAACUCAGAGUACUCAACCCACUUCGCAACCGUUGUCUUCUCAAGACGUAUCCGCGCCUCACAAUUUGGGUGGAGUAAACAUAAGCUCCCAGGAUGUUCCAGUUGGUAGAUACAUAUUUGACGAAAGCGUCACUAGUAGUAACAGCAGCGAAGCCAGUGAUAGUGUUACCGUUCAAACGGGCCGCAAGCGCCCUUCACCGGAUAGAGCAGCUGUUCCGGAAGCUGCAUCAGUGUCCGCCGAACCCCAACCGGGUACGAGCGGAGCAAAACGACGGCGUACCAAUGAUAGACCGGUGAACCCAACGCCCGCGGAAUAUCGGCCAACCCUCAAAGGUCGGAUGCCAAGGUUGGACGGUGGCUAGUUGUGGUUCAGUUGUAGAAGAACUCUGCUUAUUAUUUAUCUCGCAGAGUAAAAGACUAAUUUAAAUAGUUUAAUAGGUUUUUUUUGUACCUUAUUUAUGAAAAUUUGUUUUGUUUGUUCUUCGUAUUAUAACAUUGCGAGUCAAAUUUUUUUAAUGCGUUUGUAAACUCAUUCUUCAGUACGAUCUUGAACAGUACCAAAAAUGGAAAUUUCUCAAAAAUAUAUAAGGACAAUGGCAGUUAGUCAAAA